AUGGAAAAAUACAAGCAGUUGUCAAAUGAGGAACGUGCUGCCUUAUUUCUCCUCCUUUGCAGUAAUGAUAAUACCUUUAUCCUAGAAAGCACAGACACUUUUACAACAAGAGUACUUGAAAUUUGUGGGACAAAACUUAUUUUAAAGAGCAUAACCGAAAGCAUUCAGACAUUGCAAUCCAAAGGGUUCGUUUUCAUUAAAGACAAAAAAGUGACAUUUGCGUCAGAUGGCGUCCAAGACGAAACAAUGUUUGAUUACUUACACACAUGUUGGAAGAGAAGGAAAACUGAUUUUCAAGAAAUGGUCAUGUUUAAAGACAUAAGAAAGAGGAAAAAUUGUCUCUUUUGUCCCUUUAUUGAGGGACAAUUACUUAAAGUGUCGCUAGAGAGCUCUGUGAAAUAUUUUAGAUCUCAAAGUUACCGGAAAGGGAAAUUUGUCCGCUGUUUCACUUUAAAAGAAUACAGAAGAACCUUUGGGACGUACGCGUCUUAUAAAGAAAUACUAACCAGAAUUAUUUCUAAGCUUGGAAAAGAUAUACUCAUUUAUGACAUAUUGGAUGAUAAACCAUUGCAUUCUACUAUUUCAAGACAGUUGAAAAUCCCUGAAGAAAUAUUGCAAUGGGAUUUAGAUGCCCGACGUCGAUACUUGGAAUACCUGAAAAAGGGAAAAACGCCAAUAUAUAGAGCACGGGCAAUGAUAGUCGGUUGUGCGGGAGCUGGAAAAACAACUUUGCUGGAAAGACUACAGAAGAAAUCUAAAGAGGACAUACAAAAAAUCAAGUCUACUGUAGGACUAGAAGUGCACAAUGAUAUUUUUGUCGUCCUGGAAAAAGAAGGAAAACUAAAAGUUGCUGUGCGUAAGUGCGAGGCUGCGAUCCAUAUUGAAGAAAAUGUUCCAAUCAAUGAUGCAGAAACGAUAGAGAAGAAAAGGCUUCUAAGUAUCCUUGAUUUUGGAGGACAGUGUAUGUAUUACGCCUGUCAUCAAAUCUACCUCAGUAAAAGAGCGUUCUACAUUUUGGUAAUUGACAUGUCCAAAAACUUGGAAGAUGUCAUAGAUGAGGAGCUGUGCGAUCAGAAGGAUACUAUGUUCUCAAAAUGGAGCAAUAGGGAUUAUCUUCUAUUUUGGUUGAAAUCUGUGAACUGUUACUGUGGAAGUGAGGCCCCUGUUAUUCUUGUUGCUACUCAUGCAGAGGAGAAAACGGAAAAGGAAAAAACUGAAUAUUACCAAAGACUUAUCGAGUCGUUUCCUGUGUCUUCCACGAUUAAAACACACUUGUCCAGCGAUAGAUAUUUUACACUAAGUCUCAAAGAACAUGAUAGAGCAUCUGUGGAAAGUCUUGCUGAAUUAGAAAAAAACAUUGUGGAAGUAUUAAAGUCACAAACACAUUGGGGAGAAGAAAUACCCCUGGAUUGGGCUAUAUUUGAAAAAUUUAUUUCAGAGAAAAAAGAGACAAAACUUCAGAAAGUAGACAAAUUAAAGGAAUCAUUUGAUGAAGUGCUUCUUUUAAGCAGACGAGAGUUCAAAGACUUAUUACGCUUUUAUCAUGAUAUUGGCGUGAUUCUAUAUUUUUCAUUUAAAACCCCAAGGAGAAAAUUGGAGGAACUAGUUCAUAUUUUGACUGAAAAUAGAAUCUACGACUGUCAUCUUCAUUUUGGAUCUGAAACUGUUAUCCUUGAUAUUCAGUGGUUUGUCAAUUCAUUUAAAUAUGUGAUGACGGAUUCAAAGCAAGCUAGUUUCAACAAAGUUAUAGAUGCAGCCCCCAAUAGAGAUUCGCUGGAUAUACUUACAACUACCGGUGAGAUCUCAGGCACGUUCCUUAAAUCAAUCUGGACAGUUACGAAAACCAAUCAGCAGUGGAAUACAAGGAUGAUAUGAUGAAAUA